CUUUGCAAAUUAUCAUAAUGCAUAUUAAAUUUCCUUUUCACCAAUUGUGGUGAUACUUUGCGGAUUAUAUCUUUCAUAGAAAUAAAUAUCAAUGAUUUAUAGUAGGUUUCCGGUCAUUUCGCCGAUGAACUAUUGUUAUCUAUGAUCCAGUGUCUAGAGAUUCAGCUGUUAUAGCGGCCAGUGGCUUAGCGGUUACCGUAACUAUUGCCUUCUCCAGUAGCACAUGUGGACUGCUACGUGUAGGUAGCAGAUACUUUGUUUUCUGUAUUAACAAAUAAACUUUAGUUUACUUUGAUCGAUAAAAUGAAAAUUGUGUCACGUGAAAUAAAUAUUCAGAAAACGUGGAUAUAUAACAUUAAUAUCAUCCAAACACUUUGAUGACGCAAGGCGCAGAAUGACGUCACGCAGCGGACAAUUGCUCCUCCUUGGGAUCUCGGGACUUCUGUUUUGCAAAAGGCUUGCUACAGGUUGCGAGGAUGAUGUAUCCAGCUACUGCGCAUCCCGGUUCCAAGGGAUUCCGGAAUCAGAGAUGACCCAGGAGCAGCAACUCCUUUACCACCUCAUGCGGGGAUACGACCGCGCAUCACGACCCGUUUUCGAGGCCUCCAAACCUGUCGUUAUCAACAUCGGCCUUUCCCUUACUCAGGUCUUGGACAUUGAUGAGAAGAACCAGAUCCUGACAAUAAAUGUAUGGCUUGAUCAGGAAUGGAUAGACGAGAGACUGGUGUGGAGCAACAUGAGCGAGUUUUCCCACAUCAAAACCCUGCGAGUGCCCUGUGAUCUCCUAUGGCUGCCAGAUAUAGUCCUUUAUAACAGUGUGGACAACCACAACAAAGGCUACAUGAAAGCACUUGCUAUGGUUCAGAGUACCGGGAACGUGUUCUGGCCUCCGAUUGUGCGCAUGCGCAGCUCAUGCAAAAUGGACAUCACUUUCUUUCCUUUUGACGACCAGAUAUGCAAGUUAAAACUCGGCUCGUGGGCGUAUGAUGGAUUUCAGGUUGACGUUUCAAAUCGCACUGGAGAAGUUGACCUCUCAAAUUUCGUCGAUAACGGCGAGUGGACGUUGGUAGAAACGCGCGUGAAACGUAACGUCAUCUUCUACCCAUGCUGUCCGGAGCCGUUCCCUGAUGUAACGUUCUAUAUCCAGCUACGUAGACGUGUACUAUAUUACUUUCUGAACGUGAUCAUACCGUGCAUGUUGUUGUCGGCGCUUACGUUGACGGGUUUCUGUCUGCCGCCAGAGAGCGGGGAAAAGGUGACGUUGGGCCUCACCGUCCUACUGGCGUUCUCCGUCUUCAUGCUUCUCAUUGCCGAGAACAUGCCGCCAACAUCAGAGUUUGUGCCGCUUAUAGGCGUUUAUCUAACGAUAAUCAUGGCGAUGAGCGCAAUGUCAGUGGUAUUCUCUGUGUUUGUGCUUAACUUCCAUCAUAAGAACUCGUCAACGAAACCGCCGCCAGCGUGGAUCAAGACACUCGCGCGACUCGCGGCAACCAUCACGUGCUCAAAAAUAAAGUUUAGUGAUAUAAGCCAGACUUGGAAAUCGACUCAAAAUUACUGCGAACGGCUAAGUCCACAGUCAAACUACAGCACCCCGCAGUCGACCCACUUUGAGGAAGUGGACGCGUGUCAAAGUCUGCUCCUCGGUAAACCACCGGAAGUAAGGCCGCAAUGUACGGCAAACCAGUGUAAUGGGACGUUUGUUAUGGAUGGUAGUGGUGGCGGCGAGGCUGGGCGACCGAGCAGACCCGUAGAGAAGGUGAUUCUCGAAUACGUGACUAAAGUACUCUCCGGGUACGACCGCCAGUACGUCGAGUCACAAACGCUGCAUGACUGGCGCGAGGUGGCGCGCGUGCUGGACCGCGUCUUCUUUCUUUUGUUCAUUACCGUGACGCUUUUGUCCACCAUUAUCACCCUGAUCGUCUGCCCCGUGAUGAAGAACAUCAAAAUCGAUAACUAUGUUGAUAAAUGAUGUUUGUCUGACUUUUUAUUCAAUUUGAGGCCGUGAUAUAUAAAACAACUGAUCUUUGUUUUGUUAAUAAGAUCAUUCAUAACCAACUUAAUUUGCAAUUGUUUAUAUCUUUAUCUACAUACUUAUGCAUUUCCUGUGUAAAUGUUGACUAGUGGAAAUGUGGGGUCUUGGUUUUUCAAUGUUAAACAUUGGUGUGCGGGCCAUAAUGUAGUAUAAUAAAUCAUUGUAUACUAACACAUAACUUUUAUUUUCUAUGCGGGGUUUAAUGUUAUGUUUGAAAUUUAUAUAGAUGUGCACAGUUCUAAAAUAAAUCGAAAAAAUGUA